AAUUAACUUUUCGGGUUUUGGAUGCUCAAAAUCAAAUGUUUGCACUGUUGUCAGUGUUAUAUAUACACGCAGCGUUUCUAAAAGCGCAUAUGGCUGUCUUCUGCCACCUGUCGCCGUGUGUUAGCUAGAGAUCCGGGCAGCUGAUGGACAGUGUUGCGGUGAAUCUGGGCACUGGGGCGGUUAGCUUAGCGAGACAGCAAAGGACAGCACGGAUGUCGUGGCAGGCUAGUUUGUCCCUCCGGGACUCUGGUUGGUAGUCAUUACAGAUUCUAAAAACAGGGCUUGAGCGGGUCUGAUAGUAGGGGAGCUCUUUAGAUUCACAUCUGACCUCCAAUCUCAUCCAGUCUUUGGCCUUGUUUGAUAGAUCCGUUUGUAUGAGCAGGCUGGGGUCUAUUUUACUUCAUCGAUUUACGUCUACCAUAAGGCAUCCUGUAUUUUUAAACAACAUUCCCCCAGAUCCACCCUGUUCCUCUUUCGACGCGGUAGCAAAGGGAAGCGGGUCGUAGAAGUGUGCCAGAUCAGGGUUGGGAUCUCCAAACGCUGUGGUGAUGACUUUGGAGUCCAUGAUGGCCUGUUGCAUGACUGAAGAGGCGAAGGAGUCCAAAAGAAUCAACGCCGAGAUCGACAAGCAGCUCCGGAGAGACAAACGAGAUGCGAGACGAGAGCUCAAACUCCUCUUACUGGGCACGGGCGAGAGCGGCAAGAGUACGUUCAUCAAACAGAUGCGGAUCAUUCACGGAACAGGCUACACUGAUGAGGACAAGCGCGGCUUCACCAAACUGGUCUACCAGAACAUCUUCACCUCCAUGCAGUCCAUGGUCCGUGCCACCGAGCACCUCAAGAUCCCAUUCAAAUACGAAGACAACAAGAACAACGCUCUGCUGGUGCGAGAGGUCGACGUGGAGAAGGUUUGCUCCUUCGACCAGCCCUAUGUCAGUGCAAUAAAGAUGCUCUGGGCGGAUCCAGGCAUCCAGGAAGCCUACGACCGCAGGCGAGAGUACCAGCUCUCUGACUCCACUAAAUAUUACCUUAGCGAUUUAGAGCGUAUAUCGACUCCGGGAUACGUGCCCAGCCAGCAGGAUGUGCUGAGGGUCCGAGUGCCCACUACUGGCAUCAUAGAGUAUCCCUUUGACCUGGAGAAUAUAAUCUUCAGGAUGGUGGAUGUGGGAGGGCAAAGAUCAGAGCGCAGGAAGUGGAUCCACUGCUUUGAGAACGUCACGUCUAUCAUGUUCCUGGUUGCCUUGAGCGAAUAUGACCAGGUCCUUGUGGAAUCUGACAAUGAGAAUCGCAUGGAGGAAAGCAAAGCGCUGUUUCGCACAAUCAUCACCUACCCCUGGUUCCAGAACUCUUCAGUCAUUCUGUUCCUGAACAAGAAGGACCUUCUGGAGGAGAAGAUCAUGUACUCUCACCUGGUGGACUAUUUCCCUGAAUUUGAUGGUCCGCAGAGGGACGCCAUGGCGGGCCGCGAGUUCAUCCUGAAGAUGUUUGUGGACCUGAACCCAGACAGUGACAAGAUCAUCUACUCGCACUUCACCUGCGCCACAGACACCAAAAACAUCCGUUUCGUCUUCGCGGCGGUCAAGGACACCAUCCUGCAGCACAACCUCAAAGAGUACAACUUAGUGUGAGAGAGAGACCGAACGAGAGCGAGACACCUGCAGCCCACACAUGGCCGAAAGCACUACACACCUCACACGCAGAAACACAUGCACGUGAACCUUUCGGACACACCUUCACACCCAUUAGGCACUGGAACUUCUCAUAGUCCUCUUCUUUGCCUGUUUUUUCCUCUCUUCCUGAGUGUCGACCCCUCCAGCUGAUAGCUUUAUCGUCCAAUCUUCCUCAAACACGAAGGCUGGGCCGUUAAACCGGUGCCUAAUGACGAAGAGCAUUCGUUUGCUCUGUAGAUGGGCUGUAGGUGGGCUCUCCCUGAUUGAAACUGAGGUACGAAUUUAAUGGAAACACUCUGUGGAGACGCAACACGUCCGAAACGCAGAGUGGGCGACAUUCUUGAAGGACUUCACCUUGCAUCACUGAAUUUAACCAGGUGUUAGUUGUGCAAUCACAUGCUAUAACACUAGAGGUGGAGGUGAUUUGAUUUAAUAUUAUUUUAGGAGUGAAGUAUAGAGAUUUCCCCAUCACUACUGGAGUACUUGGAGAAGAGAUGGUGCACCAUAUGACUUUUUUCGUAAUAAGUGACCGAUAAAAUGAGUAAUGAAAGCCACCAGUUUU